CUGUGUUAUCCUUGAUAUUCACUAUGAGGGUUUUUCUUACGAUUGUACUUUUUGUCAUCGGAUUACACGGUGUCAGUAGUGGUACCACGUGUCAGAAUGGGUGGACGGGAUACAACUCAAGGUGUUACCUGUUUGUCAUGCAUAUGUCUGCGGACUGGAACGAAGCAUCGCAAUUUUGUCACACACAAAACUCCAGACUGGCGGAAAUCGACAACUCAAGAGAAGAUAACUUCCUGAUCCAGCAUCUCAGAGACUAUGGACGGCAUGCUAACUUCUGGGUGGGCGGAACUGACGUCAUAAUAGAAGGAGACUGGAUAUGGGCUUUAUCGCAGACUCCAGUAAUUCAUUACACACAUUGGGGCCAGGGACAGCCAAAUGACCAUCAUUCUGCCCAAAACUGCAUGGAAAUGUCUGCGGUUAUUCAUUAUCUAUGGAACGAUGCAGCAUGUUCUCUUAGACAAUAUUUCAUUUGUGAGCAACCAAGUGCAUCUGGUCCAGUCGUCGGAUGAUUCACUGAUAUGGAUUUAAAGGAUUU